GUGCCACCAAUACACAAGAGCCGAGGACUCUCUAUCGCCGACCAUUGGUCCUCAAUUUGCCGACCAAUCAUUGGGAAAGUGCCCACGAAAAUAUCCAAUUGAUAGGAGGAAUCUACAAUGGAGCAACUGGGAGAAGGGCAGGCGGUUGUGGUUGGUAGUGCCGGAGGAACCGUCCAAGUUGUUCAGAUGGGUCAAGGAGGCCAAGCAAUGAUGUUGCCACAAGCUAUACAAGUUGCAGCACCAAAUGGACAAAUACAAGUUGUUCCAGUGUCUAGCUUGACCAGUACAGGUCAACAAAUUGUAAUUCAACAACCACAGACACCUCAAAUAAUCCAAACUCCAGAUGGACAAACUUAUAUUUAUCAACCAGUUCAGUUGGAAGGUCAAGUUCAACAAGCACAACCAACAGUAAUUAAUAUCAAUGGGAAUCUUAUGCAAAUUGCUGGAACUACAUCGCAAACCACAACCACAGCAGCAACCACAACACCAGUACAACCAUUAGCAAGUCCCACAGCUACAGCGUCUCAGGCAGGAAAUGUUGUCAUGAUGGUGCCAGGAAAUAGUGGACAGACGCAAUUUCAAAGGGUAGCAUUGCCAAAUGCAGAAGUUUUUGAAGAAGAACCUUUAUAUGUAAAUGCUAAACAAUAUAGACGUAUAUUAAAACGCCGUCAAGCUCGGGCUAAAUUAGAAGCCGAAGGAAAAAUACCUAAGGAAAGACCUAAAUACCUUCAUGAAUCGCGUCAUCGACAUGCCAUGAACAGAAUUCGGGGUGAAGGUGGUCGUUUUCAUUCUGGUCAAGUAAAAAAGCGAAAGUAA